UCCAUUAUUCCCCUCCUCUCCUUCCCCCCGUCUCUCUACAUAUACCCCUUCCCCGCCAUUCCCCACCCACCUCCCCUCUCCAUCGCCACCAGCCGAGCUGCUCCGAUCGGUCUUCACUUCUUCUUCUUCUUUGACGAGAACAAGAACGGGCACAGGUUUUUGAGUACCAAGAACGAGGCGGUGCUUCUUCUCUGUCAUGUGCUCUGGGCCGCGCAAGCCGUCCACGCCACCGCUGCAGCAGCAGCAGCAAGGGUCCGGGAAGGAGGCGACGGCGAUGGCGAUGGCGGCGGUGGUUCUUGAGCUGGCGGCGGCUGAUGAUGUGGCGGCGGUGAGGAGGGCCGUGGAGGAGGAGAAGGUGUCGCUGGGUGCGGCGGCGAUGUGGUAUGGCCCUUCCGCCACCGGGGUGGCCAGGCUGGGGCUGGAGAGCCGGACGCCGGCGAUGGUGGCGGCGCUGUAUGGGAGCACGGCGGUGCUGGGGUACGUGCUGUCGGCCGCGCCGGCGGAGGCCGCGCGCGCGUCGGAGACGGAUGGGGCUACCCCGCUGCAUAUGGCGGCGGCGGGUGGCGCGGCGAACGCGGUCGCGGUUACGCAUCUGCUGCUCACCGCCGGCGCGUCGGUGGAGGCGCUCUCGGCGGCGGGGCUCCGUGCUGGGGACCUCCUCCCGCGCGCCACCGCCGCGGAGAAGCCUAUCAGGCUGCUGCUGAAGUCGCCGGCCGUGUCGCCCUCCUCGUCGCCGAAGAAGUCGGCCUCGCCGCCGCCGGCGGCGGCGGCGGCGCCGCAGGAGGCGAAGAAGGAGUACCCGCCGGACCUGACGCUGCCGGACCUCAAGAGCGGGCUGUUCAGCACCGACGAGUUCAGGAUGUACAGCUUCAAGGUGAAGCCGUGCUCCCGCGCCUACUCCCACGAUUGGACGGAGUGCCCCUUCGUCCACCCCGGCGAGAACGCGCGCCGCCGCGACCCUCGCCGCUACUCCUACAGCUGCGUCCCCUGCCCGGAGUUCCGCAAGGGCGGCUCAUGCCGGAAGGGAGACUCGUGCGAGUAUGCCCAUGGCGUGUUCGAGUGCUGGCUCCACCCGGCGCAGUACAGGACCCGCCUCUGCAAGGACGAGGUCGGCUGCGCGCGCCGCAUCUGCUUCUUCGCCCACAAGCCCGACGAGCUCCGCGCCGUCAACCCCUCCGCCGUCUCCGUCGGCAUGCAGCCCACCGUGUCGUCGCCGCGCUCCUCGCCGCCCAACGGGCUCGACAUGGCGGCCGCCGCGGCGAUGCUCAACCCCGCCGCCGCCUGGCCGCCGUCCUCCCCGGUGAGCCGCCUCAAGACGGCGCUCGGCGCGCGGGAGCUCGACUUCGAUCUCGAGAUGCUCGCGCUGGACCAGUACCAGCAGAAGCUGUUCGACAAGGUGUCCAACGCGCCGUCGCCGAGGGCGAGCUGGGGCGCGGCGAGCGGCCUCGGCUCGCCGCUCACCACCGCGUCGCCGGCGAGGACCGUCCCGGACUACACCGACCUGCUCGGCUCCGUCGACCCGGCCAUGCUGUCCCAGCUCCACGCGCUGUCUCUCAAGCAGGCCGGAGACAUGCCGGCGUACAACUCCAUGCCGGACACGCAGCUGCACAUGCCGACCUCGCCGAUGGUGGGCGCGAACACCGCGUUCGGGCUCGACCACUCCAUGGCGAAGGCAAUCAUGAGCUCCCGCGCCUCGGCGUUCGCCAAGCGCAGCCAGAGCUUCAUCGACCGCGGCGGCCGCGCGCCGGCAGCCACGCGCUCGCUCAUGUCGCCGGCGACGACCGGCGCGCCGUCCAUGCUCUCAGACUGGGGCUCGCCGGACGGCAAGCUGGACUGGGGCGUCCAGGCCGACGAGCUGCACAAGUUCCGCAAGUCGGCAUCUUUCGCGUUCCGCGGCCAAUCCACCAUGCCGGUGACCACCCAAGCCACCCCGACCGCCGAGCCGGACGUAUCAUGGGUGAACUCUCUUGUCAAGGACGGCCACGCCGGCGACAUAUUCGCGCAGUGGUCGGAGCAGGAGCAGAUGGUGGCCUGAUUGAGAUGAUCACAUCAUCACCGGCUCAUAGCACCUAGCUAACCAAAAAAGUUCUUUCUUUCAAUUAAUUUUUCCCCUUCGUUUGCUUAAUUUGAUUCAAUGAGAUGUUUUUUAGUACAUAUAAGCUGUUCACAAAUAAUACUUGAUCAUCAACAAAGAAGCAUGUAUGCCCAAAGGGAAGCUCUAGAUUGAUGAAGAACAGCUGAUAUUACUCUUUAAUUUUUCCCCUCUUUGGGUUUAUAAAUAUUUGUAUACACAAGAUUUCCAACAAGAGAUUAUUUACUCGAUAUAUAUUAUAUUUAUAUAUCUCUUUGGGCAUAA